AUGAGUUCUGAUUCAUCGUCUCGUGCUCAGUCCGACGAGGAAAUAUCACAUUCUUCUUCCGAAGAAGAGGUACCUCCCGCUCCCACCGGAUGGGAUGUAGCGGGUUUCGCCAACAACCCAAUCAACAACUAUAUCUCCCGCUGCAUACAAAGCGAGAUCGCUCGAAUGCAGCAGCCACCCCCCCAACGGCCAAUCCGCCGGCGGCGCCGAUACAUCCCUCGCAACCACACUGGUGCGCACGAUCGGCUGUUCGCCGAUUAUUUCGCGGAGGAACCACGUUAUCCGGCAGAUGUAUUUCGUCGCCGGUUCAGAAUGCGCCGCUCCCUCUUCCUGCGCAUUGUUAAUGCGUUGUCCGCGCGUUACCCCGAGUUCCGGCUCCAGCGAGACGCAGCAGGGAAGCCCGGACUAUCGCCCCUACAGAAAUGCACUGUUGCCAUCCGGCAGUUGGCAUAUGGAGGGUCCGCCGACAUGUUCGAUGAGUAUCUGCAAUGCGGCGAGACGACUGGCAACGAGUGCCUGAAGAAUUUCUGUCAGGGCGUGCGAGAGAUAUUUGGGGAGCACUACCUUCGCUCGCCGGACGCAGCUGACUGCCAGUUCCUACUGGAUUGGCACUGGAGGACCCACGGCUUUCCGGGGAUGCUCGGCAGCAUCGACUGUAUGCACUGGCAGUGGAAGAACUGCCCAACCGCGUGGCGAGGCCAGUUUACUACCGGCUACAAAGGCCCCUCCAUCGAAUUCACGGCCAAUGGCAAUGUGCAUAACAUGGGGUACUACCUGGCUGACGGCAUCUAUCCGCAAUGGCCCGUGUUUCUGAAGACGAUCAGAUGCCCACUCGGAGAUAGAAGAAGGUAUUUUGCCCGAGCGCAAGAGUCUGCGCGCAAGGAUGUGGAGAGGGCAUUUGGGGUGCUCCAAUCGCGAUUUGCACUGGUAAAGGGUCCGACGCGCUUUUUCUACCAGGGGGAUAUUGCCGAUAUCAUGUAUGCGUGCAUCAUCAUGCAUAACAUGAUCAUCGAAGAUGAACACGAAGGCGUCCUCGACGUCACCAACGACCCAAGUGUUGCAUCAUCGAGUCACGGUGUCUCAACCGAGUCCGCCCGCCAGGGUGUACCGCACAACGAACAUGAACGGUUCCAGGCGUUCAUGGACAUACACCAGAAGGAGGCCCAUCAAGCACUACAACACGAUAUCAUCGAAGAAUUGUGG